UGUCAUUGUUUUGUUGCUCUGUAUUCUGAGAUAGUUAAACUUAAAUACUCUUCAACUUUUGAAAUUUGACAUGUAAAAUUGUCUUCUUAGAGUAGAAUAGGAACAUGUUUAUUUCAGUUGAAGGUUGCCUUUCUUGCUAACCGAUUAGCCAAAUCAAGCUAGCCGUUUGAACAGAAGCUAAACUUAACCGGAAGUUAGCUUUUGGGAUUUUCGUCAUAAAAAUCCUCCGCAUCUCGUUUAAAACGGGGACAUUUUACUUUGAAAGUCGAGAGAAAAGUUAUCAGCGCUUCUUCGCUUUAAUGUGUCGCACUUGAUAUUUGUGUAGCUACUGUAGUUGCAGUCACUUUGCCGCGAUAUCUAUUUGUGGCGGUGUGUGUUACAUGCGGGCUUGGAGGAAUCUGGUCGUGCUUUUUAGUUUCGCAGCUGUUUCUUCUGGUCGAAAGGACUAACAUGGUUCAUGCGUGCGCACUUUGGUAUAGGUGUUUUAUAAAGUGUUGUCGUUAGGCCUUGUCGGUUUUUUUUUCCACCUCUCUGUCUGUAGUUGACAAAUCCUUGAGCAGAAAUGUCUCUGGAGGACUAUGAGAGACAUUUCGACUCGCUAAAUUCUGAUUUGGGCAGCGGUUCUGUGGUCAGCGAGCGAUCAGCUUCAGGCACAUUUAGUGGCGAAGAGGAGAAGUUGCAUUACAUUCCUAUCAGGAUCCUCGGAAAGGGGGCGUUUGGUGAAGCUACUCUGUACAGAAGAACAGAGGACAACUCCCUGGUUGUGUGGAAGGAGGUGGAACUGAACUCGCUCUCAGAGAAGACACGCAGAGAUGUCACGAAUGAAAUAAGCAUCCUCUCCAUGCUGGAGCACAACAACAUCAUUGCUUACUUCAAUCACUUCAUGGAUAAAAACACUCUGUUAAUCGAGAUGGAGUAUUGCAAUGGAGGUAAUCUGAAUGACAAAAUCAUCCAGCAGAGCGGGAAACGUUUCUCCGAAGAGAUUGUUAUAUGGUACUUGUACCAAAUCGCCUCAGCAGUGGCCUACAUUCACAAGGCUGGGGUGAUACACCGAGACAUCAAAACUCUGAAUAUUUUCCUAACGAAGACCAACCUCAUGAAGCUGGGAGAUUACGGCCUUGCAAAGAAGCUAGAUUCUGAGUUUUCAAUGGCAGAGACAUGUGUGGGAACUCCGUAUUACAUGUCACCUGAACUGUGCCAGGGUUCAAAGUACAACUUCAAAUCAGACAUUUGGGCCAUGGGCUGUGUUCUUUUUGAAGUCUUGACUCUUAAAAAGACUUUUGAUGCCACGAACCCUUUGAACCUCUGUGUGAAAAUCGUCCAAGGAAACUGGACUAUGGAUGUAGACACUGAUAUUUAUGCGAGUGGACUGAUCAAGUUGGUGUACGAGUGCCUAAAUCAAGAUCCUGCAAAUAGGCCUACAGCUGAUGAAAUCCUGGACCAGCCCUUUAUCUCCUGCUGCCGACGGGAGCUUGAGGAGCGAGUUGUUAUGCUGAAUUCAGCAAUGAAGAAAUCAAAGUUGAGCACAGUGAGUGAAACUCCUGUUGCCGUGGUGACAACACGAUCAAGGGAGGUUUAUUAUUGGGGAGGAGGAAAAUUCACCCCACAGAAGCUAGACUCGUUUAAAGCUGGGAGCAGUGCCCAACACGUGUGUGCAGGAGAGAACCACUUUGCAGUGGUGUCUGUGGAAAAGGAGCUGUAUACAUGGGCGAAUGUGCAAGGUGGAGCAAAGAUGGUGGGCCAGCUGGGGCACGGGGACCAGGCGUCUUACCGUCAGCCGAAGAGGGUGGAGAAGCUUCAGGGGAAGGCAAUCCGGCAGGUUGCAUGUGGGGCCGACUUCACUGCCUGUUUAACGGACGAAGACCAGCUCUACAUGUUUGGGUCAGACUAUUAUGGCUGCAUUGGUGUUGAGGGAAAGAUGGGCAUGGAAAUUUUGGAGCCAGUGCUUCUGGAGUUUUUUGAGGAGCGCCAUGUCCGCCAGGUUUCCUGCGGCGACAACCACGUUGUGGUGCUGACUCAGAAUGGUGGCAUCUACUCGUGGGGCUGUGGAGAGUAUGGGCGUCUUGGCCUUGAGUGUGAGGAUGAUUUCUCUUCUCCAAUGAAAGUGGAAGUUCCUAGAGGUGCAAGCAUUUCUUCGGUAUCGUGUGGCAGCGAUGGAACCUUCUUUCUGACAGAGAUGGGCAAAGUCUUAGCAUGUGGAAACAAUGAUUUCAACAAGCUUGGGUUGAACCAGGGCAUCUCUGGUAUCAAAAACCUCCCUGGAGAGGCUUACCAGGGGAUACCAUACAUCACCACACUGACCUUAGUCAAACAACUGUCGCGUUUCAAAAUCCAAGUCAUAGCCCCGGGGAAGACCCAUACAGCUGCUAUUGAUGAACGAGGUCGCCUGAUCACUUUUGGUUGCAACAAGUACGGGCAGCUAGGCGUAAAGGACUUUAAGCGACACCAAAGCGUCCAGGUCCUUGUUGGACCAUUUGGAGGGAAGACAGUAAACAAAGUGUCUAGUGGAGAUGGAUUCACCAUUGCAGCCACUGAAGACAAUCAGAUCUUUGCAUGGGGAAAUGCAGGAAAUGGGAGACUUGGUAUGCCUGCAGACAAAGGAUUUGGUUCUGAGGUUUGCCCUGCUAUGCCAAGGCCAAUAUUUGGUUCCCUUCACCAUGUACCCGACCUCUCCUGCCGUGGCUGGCAUACCAUUAUCAUAAUGGAAAAGGUGCUCAACUCGAAGACCAUCCGUUCAAACAGCAGUGGAAUAUCAAUUGGGCUUGGCCAGGAGACUUCAGCUUCAAUGGAGGAUCUGAACAUGGAUCCUGGAUCUGAGACAGAAUGUCGCAAUGGUAGUCUUGGGGGUACUCGAGAAGUUAACACAGAGGAAGACCUCACAGAAGCACCAAUGAUGACAUUUGGAAACCAGACCGGGGACAGUUCUUGUCCUCUGUGGCUUAGAAAGGAGCUUGAGGAUGCAGAGUUCAUCCCAAUGCCAGAAGGGUGUGAACAGUCUGUUCAUGGCCAGCUCUCCUCCUUUUCUAAAAGUGCAACUCAGCCGUUUGAAGAGCUGAAAGAGCUCAAGGCUGCAGCAGAAGCUGUCAGCAGUGAGACCGAAAUGGCGACAAGACGAAUGAGCUGUGAUAAAGUGAAAUGUUUGGAUGGGGGCACAAAAGGAGAAAAUGGGGCAUGCUGCAAAGCAAGCAAUGAGGUGGCUCAGCUGAGAGAAUCACUUGCCCAUCAAGAGCAGAGGAUCGAAAUGCUUGAAAAGCAGAUCAGGGAGCAGCAGAAGGAAAAUGAAAAGCUCUGGGCAGCAAUCAAUCGCUCCACACUGCAAGAAAAAGAACGAGACAGAAAUGGAAACCGUCGCCCUGAGACUAUGACAAGCAAAGGAGGAAGAGGGAGAAGGUCUGGAUUCACAAAUCAUGGGGGCAGAUCUGCUGGAGCCAGCGUGUGAAAAUGAAACCAGUCACCAGGGCGAUGUUAUAUGAUGAUAUGGUUUUACAUAAGUAAUAUGUAUGACAUGCACGUUUCCUCCUGGGUGCAGUGAUGUAGCUAAUUUCUGCAGAUUGAAAUGUUGGCUGGAUUCAGCAUGAUCCACCAAACCUUAGACCAGCGAGAGACAAUCUGACCCCAGAGUUGUGCUGCAGUCUGGAUGUUAUCUCUGCCUUUUAAUGGUUUCAGCACUGAGUCUCCAGUUAGCUCUGACUCAAAUGUUAGUGGUUUUUCAUAUAAUAGUCCCACGCCAGAAGGUGUGCAGCUUGUAUGUUUGCAGCAUCAGUGGGAACACAGUUUUCUUUGGAUUCACAUACUUUCACUGUGCUGGAUUAUCAGUAAAUGUAUUUAACAUCUUGCCUUUCAGUUAGAUAUAUAUAUCUUAAAAAACUUGCAUGUUCUGUUUUAAAAACAAUUGUGUGAAACACAGAACUACUGAUUUAUUUUUGCAACAUGUUUUCACCUCUUGAGAGCUUAUUAAAUGCAGCAUGUGUCCGUUUACCUUGGGAGUUAUGAACACUUGAACAGUUUCUUUAAGCUUUAUUAUGUGUGGUCCUUGUAACAUUUAUAUUACAGCUGACCAUGCUACAAGAUUAUUUUCCUUUUUUGCUUUUCAAGUCUAUUUCUCUUUUGUACUUUCUGAAUAUGUAUUGUAACUUUUUCUGCAUCAUUUAUAAAGGCACAACUGUGUUAUUUAGGUUUUCGGUAUUUUUUAUUUUAUUUGGGGAAGUUUGGAUUUGCUAUUUACAUUUAUGGAGUCUGUGUGUAGCUGAACAGCAGGUCCACCACUCUCCAGAUGUUAAAGGCACCUCCAUUUUAUUCCUCUGGAGAUGGUGGAAGACUUUCACCUGUUUGCAGGUUAAACAACAGGUGAUUUUGUCGGAUAUUUUGGGUCACUGUCUUGCUCUAAAUUGAAUAAUUUUACCAUUCAGACUUUUUUUCCUUUUUUUGUCCUUUCCUUGCCAUUUCAGCAGCUGACUACCACCUUGCUUACUACAAUAUUGUCUUAAUAAUGCCAAAGAUUUACUUCCGUUCUACAGUAGAUAUGUAGUGUUUCUAGAUUUAUAAAAAUGCCUCUUUUUCUUUUUGAGUGUUUUUGUUUACUUGGAGCACUUUAUCUCACACCUUUGGAAAUGUUGAGGGGAACUUUUUGUUGUGAAACUUCAUGACCAGGACCGUUUCUAUGGCUGCAAAGUUAAUCAAACCCCAACCCAUGGGGAUGGAAGCUUUCUGCAAUGUACACUUGCAGCAUUUCUAUGCAGUAAGCUGCAGCAAAACAAUGGAUUUUGGAAAGACUGCAAAUAUGACGAUACUGUGCCUUAGGUGAGAGGUUUUAUUUGAUUGUUAUAGCCUUUUACAUUUUGUCUGUAGUUCAACUGUUUUGUCUGUUGUUGGUUCUGUCCACUUAUAUUUCAUCAACACUCUGUUGCUUUGUGUUUCGUGUACAAUGUCAGAAAUAAAACACAGGCGCAUAAAA